CGCGUACCAUAACCUUCAUUCAAACAAACUUUUGGGUGAAAAUAAAGAACAUAGAUCUAGGCCUAAUUGGCUAGUAAAAACACACUAUUCUCGCUCUUUCAGGAAGGUAAGGCGUUGAUAAAAGCAAGGUUUCAACUCAGUUGAAACUUGGUCUUACCUUUGCAGGGAAAAGGGUCUGACCAUGAGAUGCCUCUUUGAAAAGUGCUGAUUUGUCAAUCCUAUCAGAGAAGACUAUAGAAGUUGGAUAUCUUGGCCAACAUACAUACCUGUGUGGACUGUGGAUCAAUUCACCUCAAGGGAAAAUAGAUAUAUUUUCAGACAAUAAUUAAAAUAUUCUUUAUGUUCUAAAGUUGUAAUUAUACAAGAAGAAGAAUGACUAUUUACUGCAGAUUUUGGUUUUAUUCCUCUCAUAAAGUGACUUCACUGUAGAAACAGGGACUCUGGUGUGUAGAAUCCCUUCUAUACUAUUUGAGUGGAUCAUCAUUUGACCCUUCCACAUCAUGCAGUGCAAUGAAUGCUCCAUCUCUUCUGAGACUGGGAAUACCCAGGACAUUUCUUCUUCAUCUACCAUUUAGUAAUGGGUGCGUUUAUGGAGUUUUCGAGCCUUUUAGAACUUUGUACGUAGAGGUGAAAAUCGGUGAGAAAACUAGUUUGAUUAGAAUGAAUGAAAUGUCUACACCAUACGUGACUGCAAGGAGAAUGAACACAAUGUCUUCACCAUGUCUGGCUGCAAGGAAUUCUUUGUGUCUUGUGUCUUCAAGGAAUCAAUGUUAUCGUCAAAGCGCCCCCAGCUUGUUUGUAAGAAUUCUUCGAGAAAUUCAAUGUUCACCACCAAAGAGAUCAUUGCACCAAUCGCCCGUAUCCCAUCGCAAGCGAAAGAGUAGGACUUCAAUGGAAAAUACCAGGAAUGAAACGUUAGCUGAUGACCUUGAUGGUGAUGGACUGGAGUAUGGAGACGAAGCCAUGGAAUAUGCAAAUGAGCUUUUGAGGAGAGAACAUGACGCUUUGCAAGGUCACCAUGUUCUUGUUAUUCAACCUGUACUAAAAACUGGGAGAAGAGACAAGAAAGACAGUGAGCUGAAAUUAACAGAAGCACAGUCUCUUGUUACAACACUUCAAGACUGGUCACUGGUUGGCAGCAGACUUAUUUCUGCCAAAUCUCUGAACAAGAAGUACAUUUUUGGCCAAGGCACUUUUGAGGAACUCACUGCCCAGAUCCGGUCUCGACCAGAUAUAACCAGUGUGUUCUUGAACAUUGAUAGAUUGAGCGGGUUGCAGAAGAAGACAAUGGAGGAACAAUGGGGAAUGCCGGUUUAUGAUAGGUACGGUGUUGUUCUUCAGAUCUUCAAGGAGCAUGCAUCAUCUAGGGAAGCAAAGCUACAGAUAGCUCUGGCUGAGCUGCAUUUUAGAAGGCUGCAUUUACAGCAAGAAACCCUUGACCUGGAUCAGCAGAGCGGAGCCCACCAGUACAUUGGCGGUGGAGGAGAAACCUUGCUGGAGAAGAAACAACGUCUGCUGCGAGACAAAGAGGGCGCUCUCAGAAAAGCUCUUGAGAAGCUGAAGGGAAAGAGAGACUUGUUGAGGAAAGGCAGAGAGAGAAAACACUUUCCACAUGUCGGUGUUGUUGGAUACACAAAUGCUGGAAAGACCUCCCUUAUAAAAGCACUGACUGGAGAUGCAAGACUCGAACCAAGGGACCAACUCUUUGCAACGCUAGACGUAACGUCCCAUGCGGGUUACCUGUCCAAUAGAAUGCCUGUUAUCUAUGUAGAUACUGUUGGAUUCAUCUCAGAUUUACCUCAUCAGUUGAUUGCAUCUUUUGCAGCUACACUAGAAGAUGUCCUUCAUGCCGAUCUUCUAGUGCACGUUAGAGAUGUAAGUCAUCCUGAAGCAGAGAGUCAGCGGAUUCAGGUUCUCAGCGUUCUUCAUGAUCUUGGGGUCAAUCAGCGUCUCCUAGACAACAUGAUUGAGGUUAAUAAUAAGAUUGAUCUCAUGCAAAACAGGUCUGAACUUGCGUCAAAAGAUGAAUUUUACCCAGUUUCUGCUAUCCAUGCAACCGGAUUAAAGCAGUUGAGAGAGGCCAUAGAGUUGAAACUGAUAGAGGUCACUAAGAGAGUCACGUGUGAUGUCAGAAUUCCACAGGCUGGUACACAUCUUAGUUGGUUGUACAAGGAGGCAACCGUCCAAGACAUUGCAACUAUAGAGGGCGACGCAGAGCAUCUACUCGUGUCAGCUGUGUUCAGUGCUUCAGCGUACUCAAAAUUUACGGCAAAGUAUGGCAACCUUAUUCCAAGACAAGUCGACUCUUAAGUGAAAUCCAUUACCCACACCUGCAUUUAGAUUGCCCACGAUCUCAAAAAGGUCAUUAUGGAACAUCGGAAAACAGCAUUGAAUGCGGACAUACUGAAGCUCUUUGACACAUACUGAAGCUCUUUGACAUGUACUUAGAGUAAAACUGUAUGAAUGAAUAAAACACUAGAAGCAUAUAACCGAAAAGAAAAUGAUGGGUGCUUUUAUACUUAGCUGUGAUAAUGGCUGUCAAAGUAUUAAAACAAAAUUAUUCUUUAUAGUAAACAGCCAUUAGGUCAUUAGAGCUAAAGAAACUUAUCUUCUUCAUGAGUGCCUGCAAAAGGUUCUCAAAAUAACGCCUUUUCAGAUCAGUAGAUCAUAACUUUCAUUCAUUGCUUGGUUAGAUAUGCAUCUUGUUAAAAAAAAUGCUUAGAAUGUCUAAAGGUCUAAAUACAUGAAAUAUCCAGAAAUUUCAGCUCAUGUUUCACGCUAACAUAAUAUCAAGUCUUUAUGAGCAAAAUAAACAAAAUUUACUUUAAAUCAAGUCUAUGGGACUAUGCCAAGUAUGUCCACUAAAAAUGCCUUUAGUUUUAGCUUUGAUCAGACCACAUUGGAACAUGGUUAAAGAGCUUUUCUCAUCUUUCAAGCUCUGUCUUUUUUAUGUUCUGUAACUUCUGUUAAAGAUUUCAUUCUCCAGGAGCUCCAUGCUUGUGUUAUAUACCAAUCUACAAGUAAUGCUCUAUCGAAUCACUUCAUUAAUAGUAUGUAACUGCAGUCUUUCUGUACUAAUUUUCUCGGUGUCAAGAUGGUUUCAAUACAUAUGACUCUGUAUAAUUUCAGGAUGAGGAUGACAAUUUGAUUACCCUGAAACAUUGUCCGUUUGUUGAAUUGUCUAUGUUCUAUUUUUUGUUUUUGUCUUCAACUACUUGGAUAAUAUACAAUGAAAUGACUGUAGGAAAUUUGAUUGAAAUAUCCUGUUUUACAAAGAAUAUUUAAAAUUAUAGAUCUUUUUGAAAAGAAUUGUUUAUUUUAUUUUCAGUUGGAUGGUAAAUGUGCAAUAAAUAUCCAUGUUUUGUCCAGUUGAAAUAUCAUGCUGCCUCUGAUCAUUCUUAAAGGACAAGUCCACCCCAACAAAAAGUUUAUUUGAAUAAAAAGAGAAAAAUCCAACAAACAUAACACUGAAAAUUUCAUCAAAAUCGGAUGUAAAAUAAGAAAGUUAUGACAUGUCAAAGUUUCGCUUAAUUUCACAAAACAGUUAUAUGCACAUCCUGGUCGGUAUGCAAAUGAGGAGACUGAUGACAUCAUCCACUCACUAUUUCUUUCGUAUUUUAUUAUAUGAAAUGUGAAAUAUUCCUAUUUUCUCCUCAUCGUCAAGCGAAACAACAAUAAUUCCUCCCUUAACGUAUGGAAUUAGCAUUGUUUAAUACUAUAUGGUUCAGUUAAGUUGGUCCAUAUUGUCAAAUUUGUAAAAAAUGAAAUAAUGUAUAAUUCAAACAAUAAAAAACAAACGAAAUUAUGAGUGAGGGACAUCAUCGACUGUCUCAUUUGCAUGUCACUGAGUUGUGCAUAUCACUGUUUUUUUUAAAGUAAGUGAAACUUUAAGAAGUCAUAACUUUCUUAUUUUAAAUCCGAUUUUGAUGAAAUUUUCAGUGUUAUUCUAAUUUGAUUUUUCUCUAUUCAAAUCAACAUUUUCCUGUGGUGGACAUGACCUUUAAUGUUUGCCUUUCUUGAAUUUUUUUAUAAUAAAAAGAAGAGGAAAGUCAUUUUAUUAUUGAAUGUAGCAAAUAUAAGACAGUGCUAGUAUAUUUAUUGAUGACUUUUUUUAUGCAUCUGAUGUCGACUGAUUACAAUAAUGCCGGAUUUGUUUUAAGUGCAAAGGUCUUUCUAGAAUGCUGUUAUGAUGAUGAUGAUUAAUUGAUUGAUGAUGAUGAAGAUGAUGAUGAUGAUGAUAGUGGUGGUUGUGAAGAUUAUGAUUGAUAGUGGUGGUUGUGAAGAUGAUGAUGAUGAUGAUGAUGAUAGUGGUGGUUGUGAAGAUGAUGAUGAUGAUGAUGUUGAUUGAUGAUGAUGAUGAUGAAUAAGGAUACUAAUUACGUGGAUAAAUAGAAGCAAAGAAAACCAAAGUGUUCAUAGCACACAGGCAGGUAAAUACAACUCGUAAUACUUAAGUGAUAUACUUAAUACUGCAUACUAGUCUGAUCUUUAUACUGAUCUAAUACAGAUCGAUCAGCGGUACACAGAUCAGUGAUACUAUAGUAGCAUGCAAUAAUGGUCUCUUUUAAUUUCAUUUUAUUAUGAUGACGAAAAUUAACUGAUAUAGGUCGAUGCAAAACCCAUAUUACUUUAAAAACUUUUUUGGGGAAGAAAACGGGUGAGAAAAGAGAAGAAAUUUUAAUGAAGUCAGAAAUCAUAACUUAAGUCUAAAGAAAAACUUAAUAUCAUAACAUUUCUUCCAGGCCUACUAGAUUGAAGGAUUUGCCUCGUUUCAUCGUGGGAUGGUAUGUGCAUAAUUUGCCAUGGUUUUGUCCUUUUUUCGUGUUUAUUGUUUUAUCCCACCGUUUUCUCUUUAUUCCUUUUUAUGUACUUUGCUUUGUUUAGAUUUUUUCUCUUCCCAGCCUCUUUCCUGGGCCUCUUCAGUAUGACAUAUUGAUGUCAUUUUGUAUGUCAUGUUUUUAUAGUGCACUCACUACAAGCUGUGUUUUCAGAGUUGUCACCUCCAUUACAUUGUAAUCUUCAUGAAUAUCUUGAUAUGAAUAUUGCGUAGCCCUUGGAGACAAAUUUUAUUGAAGCGAAUUGAAGUUGAACUGAGUUUUCAGAUCCUGUUAGUAAAUUUCAUUGUCAAUAUUGCGUCCCUUAUUUUUCUUUAUUUUUU